UUACGGCAACGCCGCAAAAUGCCAGCAAGAUGGCGAUGAGCGGCGGUUCCCGGUGACGGUUGAGGAGCCGGUUCCCGCGCCAUGGACCGCAGGAAGAAGCCGCUGGAUGUGACGGCUGCCUCGUUGGUAGACUUGAAGGCUGAACUCUUCCGAAAGCAAGAAGAAUUCAGGAAAGAAAAACUAUUGAAAGAUGCUGGAGUUCCUGUAAAACCCAAAACAACAAAUAAGAAACCAAGCAUCUGGAACAAACAGAACACAGGGGUUUCAGGACGAGCUGAGAAAGAUGCUGAGCAGAAGAUUGAAGAGCAGCAAACAUUAGAUAAAGCGAGGCAGAAACUAGAAGAAAAAGCAAAACUAUAUGAGAAGAUGACUAAAGGAGACUUUCCAGAUGAAGAAACUGAGAAUUUGUACCUUGUGGAUUUCACUCAGAAGAUCAUAGACAAUCAGAGAGAGGUACAGGAUCUAUGUAGGAGUGAAGCUUCUAGAAAGACAUUAGAAAAGGAGGAAGAUGAAGAAGAAAAACUACCUGAAAUGGAAAUACCACCUCCACAGGACCCCAGUGAAGAAUGGGUCGAUUAUGUGGAUUCCUUAGGCCGAUCUAGACGCUGUAUGAAGAAGGAUUUGCCAGAUCUGCUUAAAAUGGAUAAAGAGCUUCAGGGGAAAAGACAAGAUACUGACGAGAAGAGUCUGCUCUCUGAAGACAUGAGAAGAGAAAUUCAGCGGCAGCAGUGGGAAAAAGAGGAAGAGGAGGCCCUAAAGAAACCUAUGGGACCCAUACAUUAUGAAGAUAUUCGUGAAAAUGAGGCCAGGCAGCUUGGUGUUGGUUAUUUUUCCUUUUCUCGUGAUAAGGAACUAAGAAACAAGCAAAUGGAGACAUUGGAUAUGCUAAGAGAACAGACUCAAGAACAAAGAACAAAACGUGAACAUGUAAAAGAAAAACGAAAGGCAGUUUUGGAAUCAAGACUGUCUAAGCUUCGAGCAAGGAAGAUGAAGAGAUUAAAAGAGGAGGGAAUAGAGGAAAAUGAAAUCCAACUGGAAGGUGGAGCAGAUGAAGUAGUUGGUCCAGUACCAGCUGAGCCAGAAGCCACCAUGGCUGCAAGAGUUGCUUCAGAAAGUAGGAAAGUAGAGGUUAUCAUUCAGGAGAGAAAAGAUACCAAGCCAGGUGUGCCAUAUGUUCGCGAGUGGGAUAAAGGCAAAGAUUUUACUUCCGGACUAUGGUCAAGGAGACAGUCUGCUCUUAGAGAUGAACGAGAUCCAGAGUUUGCACCACCUUCUAAUUACUUUUGGGGCCAAAAGCCUGCCAGCAACCAAAAAAGCCAGAGUUGGAACAGGCCUGAACCCUCUCAUGAGAAAUUGGAACCGGAAUCGGCACCGAACCAGCAGUUUCCAUCAACACAGACUUACUACAACAGCCCCCCAAAUCAGCAGCCACUUUACCAAAGUCUAGAUGACAUGCUGUCUUAUUACAAGCAAGUGACUUGAGCUUAUUUAUAGCAUAAGGAAGAAUCUUAACUUAAAUAAUUGAAAUAUAAUUGUGUUAUAAGCAUUCAUCUAUUGUUCUUUCCAGACCUUGGGGAGAUUGGUUUUCAUAAUAAUGAAAUCUCUCAUAUGAACCAAGGCUAUUAGAACUGUCACAACACACAGCCACAUAUUUGCUUCCUCAGGGCUGUACUUCCAACUGUAUUAAAAACCCAUGGUUUGGUGGCAGUAUUUAUUUGAUACAACAAUCAUUCUUUGUGUUUUUUGCUAUUUCUGUACAUUUAUGUCUUGGUUUUAAAAUCAUGAAUAGAGAUGAUAUUCUCUCCAGAUAAAUUUUAAUUCUUUUGGUGAGAUUUUUUAUUUUAUUUCCUCAAAGGGCCAUUGGUGGAAGAGCUUAUGUAAACUGAAAAUCAAGUUGAGUGAUGAUAUGAUCAAGUACUUUAAAAAAAGUUAAAAUGAUCACCUUUAUUUGUCAGCCAAAACUUCUGGGAUUAAAUUUAAACUUUAUAUUUUCUAUAAGAAACAUGCAUCUACCUAUUUUCAUAUUUGGACAUCACUGGGUAAGAUAGUACUCACUUCUCCAUCCCUAAAUAAUUAUGUGGAGUUGUUCACAUUGUCAUAGUGCCUCCUGCUUUCAAAAGAUUUGCUUACAUCUUGUAAUUGUAUAAAACAUUCAAAGUUUGAGUGACACUGUGUAAAUUAAUAAAUAAUGCCUACAUAUUUACAAGAAGGUUGGACCAAGUACGACAUGAUGAUGGCUUAGAUGUGACAGUUUGCAAAGUACCAUUUUUCUUGUUAGGUGCAUUUGUGUCAUUACUUCAACCCACUUACUAACAGGGUGGCAUUACUUUUAUAUGCUACCCUACUGUCAUACUUGCAGAAUGAAGGUACAAAUUACAGUACUAUGCUCCAAAUAGCUAGACAGCAGGGGGCAUGGAUUUGUUAUUUAGAAAAUUUAAGCUCUGAUUUAAAAAAAGCAGUUGGGAUAUAAUCUGUGUAUGACUCUUCCAGAUUGAUAAUAUUUAUAUGGGUAGGUCAAAAUGGCAAACUAAAUUCGGUAUCAAAAUAAUAAGCUCUGUAGAAGCCACAAAAGUGUGCAUGAAGAGCUGCUGAUAUUUUGUUCUUUUAAGAUCAUGCAGCAUCCUAGGAUUUUGGAGUGUUUUGGGAGGUUGGUAAGCAGCACAGAGGACUAAACUGACUUGUGCAAGGUCAUUCAGCAGGUGUGGCAGUGUGUGGAAGACAUUCUGUUCCCAGAUUCAAUCUGUUUACUGUGUUAAAUUUUUCUCUCAACCCCUAGAAGCACUAACCCUGAGCAUAGUCAUUUAGAAGUCUAGAUUUUCUAUAAAAGUUAUUUGUGGAGUAUAGAGCUCUGAAAAAACUUUAGUUUUAUGUACCUGUUAAAAAAAAGAUUCAGCAUUUGUGAAAAAGUGCAAAAGCAGGAAAAUCUAUAUUGUGCACAGUUUAGCUUUCCAUCUUUUGAGUUAUUUGGAAUGCAAGUGAUUUUGUAGCAAAAACUUCUCCAACAUAACAAAUUGUUUGAGCUCUUGCAUCUGUCCUCAAACUUUUACAGAAAAGGUCAUCUUAAGUAUCAAAACAAAAUGGUAUGACUAUGCCUGUUUUAUUAAAAAUCUCACAUCAUUUAGCCAGUUCACUUAUCAUAAAGCAAGAGAAAAAUGCUC